GAAAUAGAAGAAUUUGUCCAGAACUCAGGCGAAGAUGGUAUUGUGGUGUUUUCUCUGGGUUCCGUUAUCCCAACUCUCCCAGAAGAGAAGGCCAAUCUUAUUGCCUCAGCCCUAGCCCAGAUUCCACAGAAGGUUUUAUGGAGAUACACAGGAAAGAAACCGGCCACAUUAGGAGCCAAUACUCGGCUCUAUCACUGGCUACCCCAGAAUGAUCUUCUUGGUCACCCCAAAACCAAAGCUUUUCUUACUCAUGGUGGAAUAAAUGGGAUCUAUGAAGCUAUUUAUCAUGGAGUCCCUAUGGUGGGAGUCCCCAUAUUUGGCGAUCAGCAUGAUAACAUUGCUCACAUGAAGGCCAAAGGAGCGGCUGUGGAGUUGAACAUGAACACCAUGACCAGUGCAGAUUUGCUCAGCGCCUUGAGAACAGUCAUCAAUGAUCCUUCUUAUAAAGAGAAUAUAAUGAAGUUAUCAAGGAUUCACCAUGAUCAACCUGUGAAGCCCCUGGAUCGAGCAGUCUUCUGGAUCGAGUUUGUCAUGCGCCACAAAGGAGCCAAACACCUGCGCUCAGCCAUCCACGACCUCACCUGGUUUCAGUACCACUCUCUGGAUGUGAUUGGGUUUCUGAUGGCCUGUGCAGCAUCUGCUAUAUUCUUAGUCACCAAAUGUUGUCUGUUUUUUUGUAGACAAUGUGGUAAAACAGAAAAGAAGAAAAAGAGGAAAUAGAUCCUUCUAAGUUCAGCAAUGUUCUGAGUGGACUAUCCUGUUCAUUUCCACCACAAAUUUUUUAUGAGAACACCACCCUCCAUCCCAUUCUCACGUUUCCCAUUUCUCUAUUUUAGUCUAAAGGGAAAGCCGAGAAUUCCACAAGACCACUGACUAGUGAGCAUGUCCCAUUUUUCCUUUUCCUUGUCCCAGCUCUUCUUACCCUCUUUCUCUUUAUCCAAUUUUUGACACAGGGACAUUAAUAAUUCUAAAAUUUGUACAUAUAUUAACAUUAUUUUAAUUGUAUAGCCUUAAGUAGUAUGGUGAUUACUAGACAGAACAAAAUAUGAGCUGAAUUUCAUGGAUGUAGGAAGCUUAGCAUAGUACAUUUUACAAGUUAUAACAGAUCAUAUGAAUCAGGAAAGUAUCCUCAAAAAUUAGUUUGUUUUCAAAAAUAUGAUUUCCUUUUUUAAUAAAAGUAUGCCUCUUUACUUCCCUAAUGUUAGUGGCAUUAGGCCAAAAUUGAAAAUAAUGAUGAUGAGAUAUUCUGCUUCAAAAGGUUUACAAAAUUUCCAUAGAGCUCAGUAUUGGUCUGCUCAGGCAUCAUAACAAAAUACUACACACUCAGCGGCACACACAACAGAAACUUAUUUUUUCACAAUUAUGGAGGCUAGAAUAGCAAGAUCAAGAUGCAAGUGGGGUUGGUCUCUGUGAGACCUCUCUUCCUGACUUGCAGACUGCCACCUUUGCCCUUUGUCCUCUCAUGGCCUUUCCUCUGUGCUCCCACAAUGAGAAAAAGAUGCCUUAUGUCUCUUCCUCUUCUUACAAGGAUGUAAGUCCUAUGAGAUUACAGUCUUACUCUUAUGACCUGA